AUGAGGAGCAUCGCUUUCUUCGCGUGCCUUGCGGCGCUGCUCGGUAUCACCGUCUCGGGUGCUGCGAGAAUCAACGCCGACGACGACCACCAGCCCCAGAUCAACAUGGGCAUCGGUGCUCGCACAAACGGUCGCUGGGGAGCGGAUGCUCGCCCAGGCUCCUAUCUCGAGAUGCAGAAGAACAACGCUGCCGCUUCGUCUGCUCAAGCUCAGAUGGAUGCUCUCCUGACUUCCUCGUCCGGCGUCGGCGGUCCUGCCCGCGUCGAGCUGCCUUUGGAUGCCAUCUCGUCUGCCGCAUUCGGCUCGUCGAACGUGGAGCACAUUAUCGCUUCGCAGAAGGGCGACUUCACCGUGCUCUCUCACCGAGACUUCCCCUCCGUUUCGGUGCGGAUCAAGCAGCUCUACUCGCCUCCACCUGCUUCCGAGCUCAAGGAGCACGACGUCGACCCAGACGCCUUUUGCGAUCCCACGGUCACCUCGUGGUCUGGCUACAUCGACACUGCCUUUGGCGGCAAGAGUCUCUGGUUCUACUUUUUCGAAUCUCGUUCCGACCCUGCCAAGGAUCCCGUCAUCUUCUGGACCAACGGUGGUCCCGGCUGCUCUUCUUCCCUCGGGCUCUUUAUGGAGCUCGGUCCCUGUCGUGUACCCGAACAGGGCGGCAAGAUUUCUCCGGGCCCUCCCAUCAACGGUACCAAGUGGCAUCCUCAGUCUUGGACCAAUCGAGCCAACGUCUUCUUCGUCGACCAGCCUGUCGGUGUCGGCUACUCGUACUCGAAGACAGAACAGAAAGUCUACACGACCGAAGAGGCUGCCAAGGACGUCUACGCCUUCCUCCGCGUCUUCUUCUCCGCCUUUGACCGCUUCAAGUCCAACGACUUUUACAUGGCCGGCGAAUCGUACGGUGGUCGAUACAUCCCUGUGUUCGCGUCCGAAGUCGCCGACCGCAACCACGACGUCGAGCGCAAAGCGCUCAAGGCGGGAAAGAAAGUUGACCGCGACCAGCUCAUCAACCUCAAGGGCGUCCUCAUUGGCAAUGGUCUCACGGACAUGAGCAAGCAGAUUUCCGGAUACUAUGACAUGACCUGCACGCGUCGUGGAGGCGUCGAGCCGAUUUUGAGCAUCGAAACGUGCAAGCGCAUGCACACUUACGUGCCCCAGUGCCGUGCCAAGCUGGCGGAGCAUUGUGUGGACUCGUUCAACCCGGAUGUGUGCGAGCUGUGGUCCAUCAAAUGUUCGGAAGAGCUCGUGGAUCCGUAUGCGUAUACGGGUCAGAACCCGUACAACAUCAAGGACGACUGCAAGUCCGGCUUGGACCCUAAUCUGUGCUACGACGUCACGGAGGAUAUUCGAAAGUAUCUCGACAGGGAUGAUGUGCGCCAGCUGCUCGGUGCGGCUCCCAAGGACCAGAUUGGCAGAUUUGAAAGCUGCAACAUGGACAUGAAUGUUGGAUUCCACAGGAUGCUCGACUCCACCCACGACAACGGCUACAACGUAGGCGGGCUGCUGGAGAGGGGCAUUCGCGCGCUCAUCUACGUCGGCACGCUGGACUGGAUCUGCAACCACAACGGCAACCUUGAGUGGGUCAAGACACUUGAUUGGAGUGGCAGCGAGACGUGGAAGGACGCCAAGAACUACGAAUGGGUCGUAGACGGCGAAAAGGCCGGCCGCACACAGAGCGGCGGUGGACUCACCUGGGCCACGGUCUACGAAGCUGGACACAUGGUACCCUACGACCAGCCCGAUGCGGCUCUCGCACUGUUCAACCGCUGGAUCGACGGUCAGCAACUCUAG